GCAGAAAUUUCAAUAACCGCAGCCACCUGUCAAGAUGGCCGUACACGAAACUUUGCAACUGCACAUCACUUCAGAAAAGUUUAUUUUUGAGCCAAUAGAUACUGGAGAAAAUGAGUUACUUAUAAUUGACAGAGUUACACAGGAAAUUUACCUGCAAGCAAAUGAUGGGCAGAUACCAGCGGCAGGUGCUAUCACAAAGCCUGUUUGUGGAAUUAUGGGAAUCAUACGACUUAUUGCAGGACCAUACCUGUUGGUGAUAACGAAGAAGGAGAAAGUGGGUGAGAUACAAGGUCAUGUGAUUUGGAAGAUUACAGGCACAGAACUACAUUCCUACAAGAGAACUAUGCUUCAUCUAACUGAGAAACAGACUCGAGACAAUGGUGUGUAUGUAUCAAUGGUGGAAAGUGUGUUGAAAACUGGAUAUUUUUACUUCAGUACAACAUAUGAUAUUACACAUACACUUCAGAGAUUACACAAUACUAGUCCUGAUUUCAUAUCAAUACCACUUCAUGAACGAGCAGAUCAGCGUUUUUUAUGGAAUAACCAUGUGUUACGUGAGUUGUCGCAGCAAGCAGACCUUGGCAGAUACUGUCUACCUGUCAUGCAUGGAUUCAUGAGUAUAUCAUCGUCAGUUAUUGACAACAAGUCUGUCAAUUACAUACUCAUCUCUAGACGAUGUGUGUACAGAGCUGGCACGAGAUUUAACGUGCGAGGUCUUGACAUGGAGGGUCAGGUCGCUAACUUUGUAGAAACAGAACAGAUUCUGCAAUAUGAUGGGACGUGCUGUUCAUAUGUUCAGACAAGGGGAUCAAUACCAUUGCACUGGACACAGAGACCAUGUUUAAAGUAUAUGCCAUUACCUCAACUCAGAACCACCAACCAUAUUGAAGGUAUGUCAAGACACUUUGAAGAUCAGGUUUUCCUGUAUGGUGAUCAAGUUGUUGUCAACUUAGUGAAUUCCAAAGGUUAUGAAAGUCAGUUGGAGAAGGCGUUGAAACAGUACAUCGCAGAUGUGAAGAACACUAGAGUCAAGUAUGAGUAUUUUGACUUCCACCAUGAAUGCAGGAAGAUGCGAUGGGAUCGUCUGGCAGUUCUAGUCAGUAGACUGGAACCUCUGCGUAAACAGUUUGGAUAUUUUAUGGUGACAGAUGGGACAGUUUCCAAACAGCAGGAAGGUGUGUUCAGAUCUAAUUGCAUGGAUUGUUUAGACAGGACCAAUGUUGUUCAGGGAUUGUUUGCCAAAGUUACACUCGAAGAACAGUUACAUAUUCUUGGAAUUACUGACAGUGUAACAAAAAUAGAAGAAUUUAGUGAGUUCAAAAACAUAUUUAACAAUGUAUGGGCAGAUAAUGCAGAUACUAUAUCAAAGCAAUAUGCAGGGACUGGAGCUUUGAAAACAGACUUUACCAGAACUGGUAAGAGAACCAAGCUUGGGUUAUUGAUGGAUGGUUGGAAUUCUCUAACACGUUACUUCAAGAACAAUUUUAGUGAUGGAUUUCGCCAAGAUUCGAUAGACUUGUUUCUGGGAAAUUACCAAGUGGAGGAGAAUGAAGGAAUUACAAAACCUUCACCAUUUCAGACUGAGAGAGACUGGAAGUUUUAUGCUAUACCUGUGAUAUUUGUGAUUGCCAUGUCUAUGCUUAUCAUCAGUAUUCUGAUACCAGAUGAGCAUGUGAGUGAACAGUUACUGUACGUGUUGUUCUGGGGGACAGCCAGUUUUGUGUCACUUGCAGUUAUAUACAGAUAUGGGUCUGAGUUUGUUGAUCAGCCCAGACUUGUUCAUACAAAAGUAAAGAUGGACUAGCUAUAUGAACAGGAUAAAGUACAUAUAAUCUAAGAUAUAGGACAUUCUAUUUAAAUGGGAUGAAGAACUUAUCAUCUAAGAUAGAGAACAUUUUAUGUAAAUGAGAUAUAAGUACUUAUCAUCUAAGAUAUAGGACAUUCUUUGUAAACGGGAUAAGGUACUUAUCAUCUUAGAUAUAGGACAUUCUAUGUAAAUGAGAUAAAGUACUUACCAUCUGAGAUAUAGGACAUUCUAUGUAAAUGGGAUAAGGUACUUAUCGUCUAAGAUAGAGAACAUAUUUUAUGUAAAUUACAUAAAAUAGAUAUAAUCUAAGAUAUUGAACAUUUUAUAUGAACAGUACAAAGUACAUGUCGUAAUCUUAAGAUAGAAAAUCCAACACUGACAUCUACUGAACAAUGAACAAAAUAUUUUUAGCUCACCUGAGCCAAAGGCUCAUGGUGAGCUUUUUUGACUGGUCAAUGUCCGCCGUGCGGUGUCAGUCGUCUGUCCAUCAACAUUUUCUACAAAAAUCUUCUUCUUGAAACCACUGGGCAGAAUUACAUCAAACUUCACAGGAAUGAUCCUUGGGUGGACCCCUUUCAAAGUUGUUAAAAGAAUUUCAUUCCAUGCAGAACUCUGGUUGCAAUGGCAACCGAAAGGAAAAUCUUUAAAAAUCUUCUUGUCCUAAACUGCCCCUGGGAUGAAAAGAGGCCCCACCCAAGUUUUGCAUAGACUUAAAUAGGAAAAACUUUAAGAAAAAUUCUUGUCUGAAACUACAUGACCUGGGCCUUUGAUAUUUUGUAUGUAGCUUUGCCUUGUGGUCCUCUAUGAAGAUUGUUCAAAUUGUGCCCCUGGGGUGAAAAGAGGCCCCACCCCGGGGCACCCAAGUUUUACAUAGACUUAUAUAGGAGAAAACUUAAAAAAUCUUCUUGCCUGAAACUAAAAGGCCUAGGUUUUUGAUAUUUGGUAUGUAGCAUUGCCUAGUAGACCUCUAACAGAAUUAUUCAAAUUAUGCCCCUGGGGUAAAAAUUGGCCCCGCCCUGGGGGUCACUUGUUACACGAGUUAUGUAGGAAAAAGUAGUUAAAAAAUUAGCAGAUCAGAUUUCCUAGACUGUUUAAUCAUAUUUACCUGAUGUACCCAAGUGAUUACGGGUCACCUUACUGUGACCUUGACCUACUGACCUACUUUCUUCUUUUUUAAGAUAUAGCCUUGAAAUUUGGAUGACAUGUACAGUUUUGCAUACCGAUCUUAAAGCUGACUUUCAGUGACAAUGAAUUUGACCUACUGAUCUACUUUCUAAUAUUUUAGCAUCAGUUUGCUAUUCGAAACAUGUGACUGUUAUUACUCAGGUGAGCGAUUCAGGGUCAUCAUGAUCCUCUUGUAUGACAGUGUUAAACAUGUGUACAUAUUUUGUAAGCAUUUGAGAGGACACAGAGUAUAAAUUCAUUGUUUGCAGGUACUGAGAAAUUAUUUAUAACAUCUGUUUUCCAAUGGAACAUGAACUUGUAGGUUUCAAAUUUUAAAGAUAGAAUAAGUUUGAACUUUAAUUUUUUCAUUGGGGUCUUUUGUUCCUUGAUUGAUUAAAUAAUUAAAUCUACAGACUUUAAAAGUUCCCAGCAAAUACUUGUAUUAGUGGUGUCACAGUGUGUUAUAACAAUUUGUUUAAAUGCAUUAGGACUGGGACGAUUAUUUGAUUAAUCGGAUGUGAAACCGGUUUCAAUUUUGCAUAACCGCUAAUCGCUCUCAAACAAUAAACAUCAUGAAUCAUACUUUAUCUUUAUACAUUUCUUUGACCAGCACAUAGACCCGCAGAAUAUUUACACUAAAACACAUUGAACAUAGUCAAUAGUCUCGGAUUUGCCUGUUGUGAUAUAUUUAAAAUACAUCAAAAUAUGACUUAUUGAUUAUCACACUGCUUGCAAACGAUAAAGUCAGUAAGUUCCUAAUGAAGUUAGCUGCUAUAAGGAAAGAAAACAGCAUUUUCAAUAUGGCGGACAAUUACCGAUUUCAAUUCAAUUUCAUACAUUCAAAUGAUUAACCGGUUUCAAAAUUUUGAAGUCGUCCCAGCCCUAAAAUGCAUAGAAAUCCUUGAUAAUUGUUAUAACUCUUUUCAUUUAUUAAAUUAAUGCAAAGUUAAAACUUGAUAAAUUAUUUGUAACAACCUAUCUUAUAACAUAUAUAUACAUGAUUGUCAGGGGAAUGGAUUGAUAUUAGCUUGUAUUGAAAGCUUGGUCUAACAUUAAAUAUGAAAUGAAAACAUUGAAAUUUUGAACUAAGUUGUCCGGCUAGUAAAGGAAAAAGUGAAGGGAGUAUGUCAUAAACAUUACAACUUCAGAAUGUGGCUUUAAAGAUAAUUGGUCUAGUAUGUCAGCUAUGAUGUAGUGUAAUUCUCAAGCAUCUGGAGUGUAUAUACAUGUAUAUGUAUAUAUAUUUAAAGGAAAAUAUUAUAUAAGAUUAGUCAAGUUCAGAUGUAUUAUAUCUGUACGUAGUAAAAGUUUAGUUAUCGUAUAAUUAUAUGUUACAUUUUUGAAAUAUCAGCUAAGCUCUUGGUACAUUCAAAAAUACCUGUGGUGUAAUAUUUUACUUGGUUUGUUCCAUUGAUAUUUGAGCCGUGCCAUGAGAAAACCAACAUAGUGGGUAUGUGACCAGCAAGGAUCCAGACCAGCCUGCGCAUCCGCGCAGUCUGGUCAGGAUCCAUGCUGUUCGCUUUCAAAGCCUAUUACAAUUAGAGAAACCGUUAGCGAACAGCAUGGAUCCUGACCAGACUGCGCGGAUGCGCAGGCUGGUCUGGAUCCUUGCUGGUCGCAUACCCACUAUGUUGGUUUUCUCAUGGCAAGGCUCAAUUAGAAAAUCUAUGAGGUAUUGUCAGCAUUUGAUAGAUGGUGCUGUUUAACACUUCAUUUGAGGCUUGCUUUUUCUUGAAAACUAAGAGCUACAGCUUUGAAACUUCGUUCACUUGUUUAAUUUCAUUAGUUGAACAUGCGUAUUAUUAUCAGUGAGUCAAACACUGUAACUCUUUCUUGCAUGUUGAGAAUUUUCAGUAUAGAAAAUGUGUAUUUCUAAGUUAAAUUUUUUGUUUAGGUAACACCAUGAAAGAUAUAGCUUUUAAACUUUGUAUAUUCUUUAUCAUCAGUAAAUGAGUAAGUAAAUGUUAAGCACUUGCAAACUAGUGUUGGCACUCACUAACUGUGCUCUUGUUCUGUUUUUACUGUACUGAAGAUCAUACAUUUGAUUAUUUUAAAAUUCAUAGAAAUCAGGAAGUUAUCUGUAAACAUCAGGUCUUAUGUUUUAGAUAAUUAUUUAAUUAUACAUGAUAUUAUGAUCUCAAAAUUCUAUUGACUUACCAUGCAUGGCGUAUUACAUAAAAUACUCGAGACAUACUUACAUUUAUUCGCACACCCAGGCAUGAUUGAACUUCAAUCUAAUAGAGUUAACUCCCACCUACAGCUUCUUCUACAGAAGAAAUGAGCCCAUGUACUCAUUGUUGCUAUAGGAUUCAGAAUUUCAGAGAUGAUAUGGUAUCCAGGCAGCAUCACACCACUCCCAACAUACUUUGAUCAUUUUUGCAUAAGCAGAUAAAAUCCCACUAAAUUUCCUAGUAAGAUGUUGUCAAGGUAAUGUCAUGUAAUAAGGAGUGUGCAGUGAUUAUCUUAUUCUUUCUGCUGUAAUGGAAAUUAGAGAAAAUUUGUUCCCCUUUGGAAAAAAAUAGGGAGACUGCUGUAGCAAGAAAAAGGGAUCCCCUAUCCCUACCACCAACAAGCUGCAAAUAUAAUUAUGCCGUGAGUUAGCUGCAAGCAAAUUUGUGUGUGAUUUUGACCCCACUUAAUUUAGAGGUGCUUUAGCUUGACUUGGCACAACUUGUACAUGUGGAUUCACACAAUUUAUCAUUGAUUAGUGACAUUAUGUGAUGCCGUAACUAGAAUGAAAGACUCUUAUGCCAUAAAAAUGUACUUUGGCUCUUAGAUGCUGUCCGAUGGUUAAGGCUCUCGGAUACUGCCUUACGGUGAAAGCUUUCAGAUACUGCCCCAUGGUGAAGGCUGUCAAAAUGCAUAGGAGGAUUGUCUUUGCUUUUUGAGGUCAUUUAGGCAAAAUUAGAGCAAUGACAUUUGUGUCAGACAAGGCAUCAUAUGGGAAGGGAGUGGGGAUGGGCAUAAGUUUUACUAAAGUUCUUGUUUAUAAGUUUACCUGCACAGUUACUAUGAAAUCAUGUGAACCAUGUGGACCAUGUUCGUUAUAUGAGCCGCGCCAUGAGAAAACCAACAUAGUGGGUUUGCGACCAGCAUGGAUCCAGACCAGCCUGCGCAUCCGCGCAGUCUGGUCAGGCUCCAUGCUGUUCGCUUUUAAAGCCUAUUGGAAUUGGAGAAACUAUUAGCGAACAGCAUGGAUCCUGACCAGACUGCGCGGAUGUGUAGGCUGGUCUGGAUCCAUGCUGGUCGCAUACCCACUAUGUUGGUUUUCCCAUGGCGCGGCUCAUAUAAUAAAAUGAAAUAUAUAUAUCAUACAUGUAUAAUAAUUUUAUUUAUAUAAAAUAUUUAUCCUUGUUAAGUGCUGUUAGUAUAGCACAUGAAAAAGUUGUCAAAAGUUCUAUCCCUCGCAGGAAAUCAUGGUGUACAUAGAUUCUUUAGUAUUUUAAUCCAAAGUCACUUGUGGAAAAUUUUUAAGAAAUCUUUUGUUAAUGUUGUACAUGUUUUACUUCCAUUAUUUAUACAUGCAAUCAAGCUUGAAAAAACUACUAUUGCCUACCUUUAGCCUGCUGGUGGCGAGUGAUUUUGCCUUUGCGACCCUUGUAGGCUGAUCAUGGUCUGCACUGGUCGCUAUUCAUUCAAUAAAUUUUCAGUGAACUAGCUUUAGAAGAAUAAAUGGUUUUGCCCAAAUUGAAUGAUGGACAAGUUCAUGUUAGAAAUUCAGCAGGGUAAAGGUUAAUUGGCGGCUUUAUCUCUUGACUUUUAUGCGAUAAAUGAAUUAAAAGGUAAAUCUUACUUAUUGUUGCUUUGUGAAACAAUGAACUGAAGCUCUGCAGAGCUUUUUAGGCAACCUUAUUUUAAGAACAGUUUGAAACCAAUUUACAGUUUGGUUAUGAUAUUGUGCCUUGCCCAAGGACACAUCACAGUUGGAGUAGCUAGAAAUUGAACCCAGGGCCUUCACCUUGGUUUGAGAGCAUGUUAACCCUCUCGACCAAUGCGUCCACAAGGAAGACAGAUUGCGUUGUAUUGAAUAUUAGUGUCUUUACCUAGAUGUGUGGAAUAUUGGUAAAGCACCAGACUUAUUUUUUUUAUUAGACGGGUUUGAACCCUGUAUAUCUAGUCCCAGCUUGCAUGCUAUAAUAUAUUUAACUUAAGGGUAUGUCCUGUUGUUUAAUUCAGUUGUAAGUUUGUUUAUAUGCUACAUUUUGAUUUGUUCAUGUCAAGGUCUGUAUACUUUGUGUCCAUAUUAUAUACAUGUACAUGUAUAUAUAAUGACUGAAAAGUUGGUAUUUAGCUGUAUAUUUGUGUAAAUCUGUAUUAGCAAAAAUGUUAUAUGAGCUGUACCAUGAGAAAACCAACAUAGUGCAUUUGCGACUAGCAUGGAUCCAGACCAGCCUGUGCAUCUGCUUUCAAAUCCUAUUGCUAUUAGAGAAAAUGUUAGCGAAGAGCGAGGAUCCUGACCAAACUGCAUGGAUGCAAAUGCACUAUGUUGGUUUUCUCAUGGCGAGGCUCAUUAUAUUAAUUCAAAUGCUUCAUUAUUUAGAAUUACACAUAAAUGAACUCAUUAUGUAUAGGAUUCAAUCCUUUCUUUUUCUCCUUCAAAUAUUAUUCCAGAAAUCAUCAAGAUGCAAAUUUAUAAUUAUCAGUUAAAUAUUGUAAUAUUGUUAUAAUACCUUAUAUUUUCAUAGAAAUUGAAAUUUUACAGAAAUUACUGCCAAUAUGUUGGCAUGGAAGCACUGUUUUUCAAUACUCUGCUAUUUAGAGCUGAUACAGGGUAAAAAUAAAAUGUGCUUAUUGAUAUAUUUAGCUGCAAUUGAACAUUUUAUAUUAGAAGAAAAAGCUUUGUUUAUUGACACUAAUAUACUUUAUGUUUCAGUGUUAAGUCUGACAAAUAAAAGAAAAUCAUUACAAACGAAAGUUGAUAAAAAAGAUUGAUAAAAACUACUGUUUUGUUUCUACCAGAAAAUGAUCUGUGUAUAUUGUCAGAAUGCAGCUCUCCUAGAAAUCAGUAGCAUUUGAAAUUUCAGAAUUAAUGAAGAAGCAUAUAGAUACAUGUAUUUCUUAGGUAUUACAGCAAUAAAAGUACGAAGACUUCAACAAUCUGUUUGAUCAGCUGUUGAAUCGCAACUCAAACUGACGUUAAUGAUAUUGUACAUUACAUGGCAUGUUGAUGUGUGCUAUAUUUAUUGAUGUAUUUGUUGAAGGAAUACUGCACAUUUAUUCAUUAUGAUUAUCAGAAAUAAAUUACACAAUAAGCAAAAAACUG